AAUCCAACGCUUGAAACUGCUUGUGGAGAAGCAGCCUCCGCCCCGACCGGGAGAGGCCAGUCGAAUCCAUGGUAUGCGCCGGAAGCUCGCGCUCCUCCACGCCGCCGCCGGUGGCGCCGCGCUCCCUCUCUCCUGCACGAAGCAGUUUCACGCGCGCCUUAUCGUCGCCGCCCCAUGCAUCGCCGACGACCACCGUCUCCGUCUCCUCCGAUCCUACGCCGCGCACGGCGAGUUCGCGCCGGCGCACCGCCUGCUCGACGAAGCGCCCCGCCCGGCCUCGCCGCUCCUCUACAACGCUGUCAUACGCGCCCACUCCCGACGCGGAGACCUCCCCACUGCCCUAGCGUUCUUCGCCAGCAUGCGACGCUCCGCCACCCCGCCCGACGCUCACACCUUCGCCUGCGUCCUCCGCGCAUGCGCCGACUGCUAUCGGCCGGGCGCCGCCAAGGUCCUCCAUGGUAUCGCGUCAUCUUCCGGCUGGUCCUCCCAUCCUACCGUCGGCAGCGCGCUCGUCAGCGCGUAUUCAAAGUUCUUGCUUGUGGACAGUGCUCGCCAUGUGUUUGAUGGUUUGCGUGAGCCGGACCUGGUUCUCUGGAACUCAAUGAUGUCGGGGUAUGGGUACAGGGAAAUGUGGCUUGAGGGGCUUCAACUGUUUUCUGCAAUGCGUAGGGCUGGGGCGGAACCAGACGGCUACUCGAUGGUCAGCUUGCUCUCAUCCUUCUGGGAUCCAGAAGCGCUUGCUUUUGGUCAAGCAGUUCAUGGCGUGUGUGUCAAGGGCGGUUAUGAUUCUGGCCACCAUGUGAGAAGCACACUUGUUAGCAUGUACUUCAGGUGCGGCUGCGUGGAAUCGGGUCAAACCUUGUUUGGUAGUUUGCUGGAUGCGGACUUGGUUACAUGUUGUUCACUGAUUACAGGGCAAUUGCAGACUGGCAAGUAUGAGGAGUCAUUCAAUUUGUUCAGAGAAAUGUGCUACUCUGGCAGGAGGCCGGACAGCAUCUUGAUUGCUAGUCUUCUUUCGGCAAGUGCUUCUACAGCCAGUAUCAGCUGUAGCAAGGAGAUCCAUGGUUAUGCAGUCAGGGUUGGAGUUGAUAAAGACAUCAAAGUCUCAUCUUCACUAAUGGAUGCUUAUGCAAAAUGUGGUUUCGCCGAGCUGGGAUAUUUGGUAUUCCGCCAAAUUCCUAGUAAGAACUCAGUCAUGUACAAUUUGGUCAUAUCAAACCUUGGUUCUCAUGGAUUUGCAACGAAGGCCAUUGAAGUCCUUGAUGAGAUGGUCCGUGAUAAGCUCAGUCCUGAUGGUGCUACCUUCUCAGCUUUACUUGCUGCUUGUUGUCAUGCAGGACUCCUAGACGAGGGAUGGAAGUUGUUUAGGAGAAUGAGGGAUGAGUUCCACAUAGUGGUUGAAAUGCAGCAUUAUGUCUACAUGGUGAGGCUUCUUGCAACAUUUAACCAGCUGAAGGAGGCCUAUGAUCUUAUACAGACAAUGCCAAUGCCACCAGAUUGUGGCGUGUGGGGUGCAUUACUUUGGGGGUGUUGUGUCCACCGUGAUUCCAGCCUUGGUAGGGCAGUUGCUGAGAAGCUCUUUGAGUUCUAUCCAGACAAGGCUUCUUACAAGAUUAUGCUUUCAAAUUUGUAUGCAUCAGAGGGGAUGUGGUGGGAUGCUGAGGAGGUCAGGGCCGAGAUGUCGAAAGAAGAUAUGCACAAGAACACAGGGAUAAGUUGGGUUGGGGAAAUAAGCAAAUGAUGGUUGGGUUUGCAUCAUAAGAAAUAUGCCGAAUGCCAAGUACAUUUGAACGCUGUAUUAUUAUGGUUUUAGAGAAAUGAAAUAUCUGAAAUUCCUUGAAA